AUGGCGAGCGUGCUAGUUGUAGGAUGCGGUGUGUUUGGGCUUUCCGCCGCAAGAGAGCUGGCCCUGAAGGGCUACUGUGUGCGGGCAAUUGACCUCUACGAGCCGCCAUCGCCGUGGUCCGCUGCCAAUGAUUUUAAUAAAAUCAUCAGAGCAGAGUACACAGACAUGAUCUACUCCAAGAUGGCCGUGGAGGCAAUUAACUUGUGGAGGACUGACCCAGACCUUCUGGGGCUGUACAACGAGUGCGGGCGUGUCCUGAUCACUCCCAGGGAGCACGCUGGACGCAAGAAGUUUGAAGAGCAGGGGAUCCAGAAUCUGCGCGCGCUGGGCGAGGGGCAGAGGGUGGAGUAUUUGAGAGGAAGCCGGGCUCUAGCCGAAAUACACCCGCAGUUCCUGCACAACCGGCUGGGCGACGAGCAUGAGUUCAAGUUCAACCCGGACUCCGGGCUCGGCCACGCCAGCAACUCGCUCAGGGCCCUAUAUCGCCGGUGUCGGGAGCUGGGCGUGGAGUUCACGUUUGGAGAGGAGGGAUACUUUGCCGGGCUACAAGAGCAGCACGAUAAGACGUAUGUGAAAACAGCUGCUGGAACUUCGUACACGGCGGACCAGAUCUUGAUCUGUUGCGGAGCCAACACAGACUCGGCCGUCGACUUGAACGGCCAGCAGUCGGCCACAGGGCUGUACGUUGCGCACAUCCGGCUGACGCCCGAGGAAUUCGCGAGAUACAGGGACAUUCCGAUCAUUUUCGACUCCGACAUGGGAUACUUCUUCCCUCCAGACCCGGAGACGCGGAUCAUCAAGGUGGCGCUGCCGGGAACCGGGGCGUCGCGUCUGGUGGCCAGUCCGCACGAGAAGGACAAGAAAUUGUCUCUGCCGCGGUACAAGACGGAAAACCCAAGAGACACCAUGCCGAAGCACUGCUACGGCGAGCUCAAGGCUCUGCUCAGUAAGUACUGCCCGGAGUUGGCGUACCACGAACCAUUCAACGCGAAGACGUGCUGGGUGGGGGACACGGGAGACUCGCACUUUAUUAUUGACCGCGUCCCGGGCCACAAGAACGUGUUUGUGGCUACAGGCGACUCGGGCCACGGAUACAAGUUUUUGCCGAAUAUUGGGAAGUAUAUUGUUGCGCGGAUGGAGGACACGCUGGACCCAGAGUACGCGGAGAGCUGGAAAUGGCGGGCCAGGUCGUCGUUCGACCCGCUUGCGAUGGACUGGCGUGUCGCGAAGGAGUUUCCGGACUUUGGAGACAUCGACUGGUGGGUGGAGCCUAAGAUGAAGCUAUAG